AUGUUGUGUGCCGUCCCAGGGGCCAGCCAAUCGACGGCUGCGGGGAUGUUGAGCGGCGCUGCCACUAUCACAGCCCGUGGUGCUAGAGGCUUGGACGCGGCUCUGCUAACGCACGAUGCCGUCAGCGCAUUAUCACUCCGGUACGGCUCCUUCAACGAUGACACCGCAACGACGAAUCAUCCGAAGCAUCGUAGCCUUCGGGGUUGGAUUCUCGCCACGGGGCCCAACAAAGUGCCAGCGUCUGUCGGGUCGACAGGGAUGAAAUGCGACACGAAGACGCCACAUGCGGGGCAAUUAGGCCUUGAAGAGGCUGGGUGUCAAGAAAGGGCGUAG